AUGGAGGAAGUGCCUUUGCUGUGUGUAAAUGAUGAGAGACGCAAAAAACGUGCUGAAGAAGUGUUAAAGACAUUCAAAUUCAAUGCAGACUCCCUCAGUGAGGAUCUCUCGGACGACAUCAAUGACACAUCUGAUUGCAGUAGCAAAUUAUCGGAUCCUUUUUCGGAUAUGGAGGAGAAGAUUGUGCCACAAGCAGCUGCUGGGAAAAGGCGAAUGACCAAGAUUGAGGCUGAUUGUAUGCUAAUGUCCAGCUUUACACCCAACUUCAUGUCCGUGCAGAAAGAGAUGCUGAAUGAGCUGCAAACGGAUGAGGUAAUUUGUUCGGAUUUUCAAACAAAGCGCAACUACACGUACCUCGAUAGGAGAGAGCCCAAGGAGAGUGAUGAGAGGAUUAGACGAAGGAUUCAGGAUAUGCUCACAUCGUGCGGAAUUAAGUCUCCAGCACCUGUAAGUCGCGCCACGGAGUCACCUGAUAAACCCCUAUCAACGGGAGCCCCGUCACCCCUGGAAAUGUACGCAAUGCUCCAAGGAAAGUCCCCAAUGAGUGAUGCAGACAAUAGUUCCUUGUCAGCCGUUUGGAGGAUGUUGGAUGCGCAAUCGGUGGAAAAUGGAUUUCCCGUCACACCAUUUGGGUACAAUGUUUUUGAAGAUAAACGCCUCGAAUGGAUGACAAGGAAGGAGUCCUCGUGGAAUGACAGGGAAGACAUCCGGGAGAAAUGCGAGAAUUGGCUUAAGAAUAUUGAAUAAAUAUAAAUCUUU